CUAGGAAUUGCAAGUCCCCAUUUAAAAGCAGACCAGACUUCGGUGAAUAGUAAAAACGAGGGCCCAGCCUCUGCCAUGAUGACCAGGAGGAAGCCAACAUCGGUUGAAAGUAUUGCAAUAGCCCCAACGCCAGUAUUAUCUCUCCUUGCUUCAACGGCAGCAGCAUCUGAAGCAGCCAGCUCAUCCCUGAAGAAACGCUUCAAGAGGCGGGAGAUUGAAGCAAUCCAGUGCGAGGUGCGUAAGAUGUGCAACUAUACCAAGAUCCUGUCCACCAAGAAGAACCUCGACCACGUGAACAAGAUCCUGAAGGCCAAGCGGCUGCAGAGACAAUCAAAGACAGGCAAUAACUUUGUCAAGAAGAGGAGAGGGCGACCCCGAAAGCAGCCCCUCUCGUUCGAUGAGGACUCCAGAGACCAAAUGCCAGUGCUAGAAAAAUGCAUUGACCUCCCCAGCAAGAGAGGUCAGAAACCCACCCUAAACCCUUUGGUGUUGGAACCAGUGGCCAGUCAAGAUACCAUCAUGGCAACCAUCGAGGCUGUCAUCCACAUGGCCCGGGAGACCCCACCUCUAGGCGGGAAGAGGAAACACAAACAGCAGCAGCCACAGCAACAGCAGCAGCUGCAACAUGAGGAAGAAGUGAAGGCCAAGAGACACAGAAAGUCAAGAGUAAACGAAAGUGAAACCCUCCCCUAG